AUGGCUGUGUACCGCCUGUGCGUGACCACGGGUCCCUACCUGAUGGCUGGCACCCUCGACAACAUCUCUGUCACCCUGGUGGGCACAUGUGGGGAGAGCCCCAAGGAACGACUGGACCGGAUAGGCAGGGACUUCGCCCAGGGAUCGGUCCACAGGUACAAGGUGCGCUGCGCCUCGGAGCUGGGCGAGCUCCUGCUGUUACGCCUGCACAAGGAGCGCCAUGCGCUCUUCCGCAAGGACUCCUGGUACUGCAGCUGCGUCAGCGUCACUGCCCCGGAUGGCACCGUCUCCCAGUUCCCCUGCUAUCAGUGGAUUGAGGGCUACCGCAUCGUGGAGCUGAGGCCGGGAACAGCAAGAACUAUUUGUCAAGACUAUUCCCUUCCUCUCCUGCUGGAUCACAGGAAACAGGAGCUGCAGGCCCGGCAACAGUGCUACCGCUGGAAGGUCUACGCCCCCGGCUUCCCCCGCAUGCUGGAUGUUCGCAGUUUUGAGGAGGUGGAGGGAGACAAGAAAUUUGCCUUGACCAAGACAGUGCCUUGUGUGGACCAGGAGGACAGCAGCGGGAAUCGGCACCUGCCUGGCUUCCCUAUGAAGAUCGACCUCCCAUCCCUGCUUCACAUGGAACCCAACAUCCGCUACUCUGCCACCAAGACCACCUCGCUGCUGUUCAACGCCAUCCCCGCGUCUUUGGGCAUGAAGCUUCGGGGACUGCUGGACCGCAAGGGCUCCUGGAAGAAGCUGGAUGACAUGCGUAACAUCUUCUGGUGUCACAAGACCUUCACGUCUGAGUAUGUCACAGAACACUGGCACGAGGACCAGUUCUUUGGGUACCAGUACCUGAACGGGGUCAAUCCAGUCAUGCUCCACGCCCUCUCCACUUUGCCCAGCAAGCUGCCCGUCACCAACGACAUGGUGGCCCCUCUGCUAGGACAGGACACGUGCCUACAGGCAGAACUGGAGAGGGGGAACAUCUUCCUAGCCGACUACUGGAUCUUGGCCGACGCCCCGGUGCAUUGCCUCAACGGCCGCCAGCAGUACGUGGCCGCCCCGCUCUGCCUGCUGUGGCUCAACCCGCAGGGGGCGCUGGUGCCCUUGGCCAUUCAGCUGAGCCAGACCCCAGGGCCAGAGAGCCCUAUCUUCCUGCCCACCGACCCCGAGUGGGACUGGCUGCUGGCCAAGACGUGGGUGCGCAAUUCGGAGUUCCUGGUGCAUGAGAACAACACGCACUUCCUGUGCACACAUCUGCUGUGCGAAGCCUUCUCCAUGGCCACCCUGCGCCAGCUGCCGCUCUGCCAUCCCAUUUACAAGCUCCUGCUCCCGCACACCCGCUACACGCUGCAGGUGAACACCAUCGCCAGGGCCACGCUGCUCAACCCCGAAGGCCUCGUGGACAAGGUCACGUCCAUCGGGAGGCAAGGUCUCCUCUACCUCAUGAGCACGGGUCUGGCCCACUUCACCUACACCAACUUCUGCCUCCCCGACAGCCUGCGGGCCCGCGGUGUCCUGGACAUCCCCAACUACCACUACCGAGAUGACGGCCUGAAGAUCUGGGCGGCCAUUGAGAGCUUCGUCUCAGACAUCGUGGGCUACUAUUACCCCAAUGACACAUCCGUGCAGCAGGAUUCGGAGCUGCAGGCCUGGGUCGGCGAGAUUUUCACUCAGGCGUUCCUGGGCCGGGAGAGCUCAGGCUUCCCCAGUCGGCUGUGCACUCCCACAGAGCUCGUGAAGUUCCUCACUGCAAUCAUUUUCAACUGCUCCGCCCAGCAUGCUGCGGUCAACAGCGGGCAGCAUGACUUUGGGGCCUGGAUGCCCAAUGCUCCAUCCUCCAUGAGGCAGCCCCCACCUCAGACUAAGGGGACGACCACCCUGCAGAGUUACCUAGACACCCUUCCGGAAGUGAACAUCACCUGUAACAACCUCCUCCUCUUCUGGUUGGUCAGCCAAGAGCCCAAGGACCAGAGGCCCCUGGGCACAUACCCAGAUGAACACUUCACGGAGGAGGCCCCACGGCGCAGCAUCACCGCCUUCCAGAGCCGCCUGGCCCAGAUCUCCUGCGACAUCAGGGAGCGGAACCAGGGCCUGGCACUGCCCUAUGCCUACCUGGACCCUCCACUCAUCGAGAACAGCGUCUCCAUCUAAGCUCUUCCCCUCCAGCCCCAGAGGAAAGGACAGUACCAACAGGGGGAGUGCCGGCAGCUCCCUGCCUUCCUCACCCUUGCCUCUGGCCGCUUCUCCAGCAGCCCCAGCCCUCUGUCUGCAGUGGGAACCUUUUCUAACUAAGAUGGUCCUUGUGUCACGUGGACUGGGCCCUGGGCUAGAAGCUGCUGGCCUGGGGGU